AUGAACCCCCGCCCCUUUGCGUAUUCCUUUGACACAAGCCCUCUCGGUAAUGCAGGCAACGACGGGCCCAAUUCUAGCAAUGGAAAUGUAAAUGGCAACAUCAACAGCUCCAGCGCCAGCACCAGCACCAGCACCAGCACCAACCCCAAUACCACUACAGUCGGGAGGGCCAAUGCUCCCCCAAAGAGCUCGAACCCAUCGCCACUGGCCUGCCUGACCUGCCGCCAAAAGCAUCUCAAAUGCGAUGGCCAGCAGCCUGUGUGCGGACGGUGUAUGUCCGGCCAGCUGACCUGCGAAUACACGCCUUCUCGAAGAGGUUACAAAGGGCCAUCGAAGAAGCGGCGCGCCGAUCCCCCUCCAACAGACCUACACACUACGCCCGAUCCGCGACUGUUUCCCCUUGAUGCGCCCAAAACAUCCGACUGGCAUCUCCCUGGCACCGUCGGCCCUCUUUCUUCGCAAUCUACGCCACCAGAUAUAGGGACAACCUCCGUCUCGUUGGGAUUCCAUCACGCUCUUACGGCUAGGUCACCUCUGACCCCGGAGUCUUCAUCGACCCUGGGAACUGAUGGCUAUCUGGUCGAUGUCUACUACUCACACUUUCACUCCGCCCACCCGAUUCUUCCGCCUUUGCACAUGCUUUACCAUUACCAUCCACCACAAUACCUCGAACGGGUGAUUAAGUUCAUUGGCACUCACUUCACCACUGCCGCUUCCCCCGAGACAUAUCGCCCCAAUGUGGUAGUCGACGUCACAGACGCAGAGCCGGGGGUAGAAAAGGUGCAGGCUCUACUACUGCUGACUAUUGUUCUUCAUUCGCGCAACGAGCGUCAAGAGGCCGGCGCGCUGCUGGCUCAGGCCAUGGAUUUAGCUUACGAACUUGGCAUUCACCUCAGAUCAUUCGCUGAAACAAUGGCGGAAGGCGAUCCCAUCCGGGAAGAAAGUUUUCGACGAACGUGGUGGGAGCUCUUUGUUAUCGAGGGCAUGUUGACUGCCUUGGGAGCCAGGGCUACCUUUACAGCCAGCACUGUCCCGCUCGAAGUUCCGCUUCCUUGUGAAGAACGGAUCUACCAGGAUGGUCUGUACCCCCCGGCUUCCCCGCCCACAAUUGCACAGUUUGACGACCGUGUCUUUGCCGAUGAGGAUUUCGACUUCUCGUCUUACUCUUACCGCAUUGAAGCUGUGCGUAUCCUAGGCCGGGUCGUGUCACUCUCCGAAACACCCAAUGGCCACCAAGAGAUGGUGGAGUCAGUCGAUGCCAGGAUCGCCUCUUGGUUUCAUCAUCUUCCCGAGUCCAAAUCGGAGCUGAUGCUCGCGGACGGGACCGUUGAUGAGAUGAUGUUUCAGGCUAAGAUGGUUAUUAAUGGCGCAUCAAUUUACCUGCAUUUUCCACGUUCCGAUCUUCUCUCGUCCCCAGCCGUGGCUGCAGAGGUCAUCUGCGGGCAUUCGGGCAUAUGUCUCAUGCCGGCGUUUUCGCACCACUCUCAUGCCAUGAAGGCCGUCAAAGCCGCGAGCGAGAUAUCAAACUUGGCAGCAAUCCGCAUUCCCGAGACCAAACACACUCCGUUUUUCAUCUGCGCGCUGGUGCUCAGCUCCAUCGUGCAACUUGCCGCGUACUCGGUCAAAGCUGGACAAAUGCCCGACCCUCGGCGGGAUCGGCUGUCUCUCACGGUGGGUGUUUUCAAGUCCCUGGGCAGAACCUGGGCGAUUUCGCAGACGGUCAACCGGCAGAUUAAAGCAGUAGCCCGCGACGUGCUGGACAUUGGCAUGCGGCCGGCACCAGACCCGGUCGACUUCAUCACAUUCCUAGACGGACAAUUCUGGCUGCCGAAUCCGCAGGUCGCAUAG